AUCAAACGGCAACAAACUAAACAAAAACACAACUGCGAUUUUACUUACAAGCCCAUUCGAAGCGAAACAAAAAAAAUCUGAGAAACAACAACCGGCCAAAGAAAGUCAAGUGGAUGUUUUUCUGCUUGAUUUGCAACAGUCUCAUUUCAAGCGUUCAACCAUCAAUACAGAUUUCGGUUGUGUCAUAUCGGUUGCCGCCUGUCUGUUCCUCCUAUUUGUGUGUGGAAAAUUUUCCGAAAUUUUGUCAUUUCAUCAAUUACAUAUAAUAAACGUGCAAUUUAGCAAAAUUCUGUGAAAUAUUAUUUGAUUUAAGUGGAAAAUUAAAUUAUUGUUAUUAUUGGCAUAAAAUGUCAAUUACAUGUAAAUUUCAGUUGUCACGCAUUGCCAAUAUCUAUUAUGGCGGUGAAGAAGUGGCGGGUUCAUUAACAAUAUGUAGUGUAAAACAGCGUCAGAUAGAAGCAAUUAUACUCGAAUUUUAUGGCCAAACUACGAUACAAUGGUGGGAAUUAGAUAAAACUAAGGAAAAUAUAAUGCACAAUGACUUCAGUACCCAUGAGAUAGUAGCAUCAGACAAAACACUUUACAACCAGCAGCAAAAACAUGUUUGCGAACAACUUAAACUGGAUUCAUUGAACUGCAAACAACUGCUGCAGCCACAUGUUGAAUAUACAUACAGAUUUUGUUUCACAAUACCCCAACAAGCGCCAGCAACAUAUCGCUGUCGAUAUGGAGAAACUGAGUAUGGUUUGAGACUGCAAAUGCAACAUGCAAAGAAAGUUAAUAAAGAAUUUCACCAAAGAAUUGUUGUUAAAAUAAACUGGAUUUAACAAAAGAUAUCAAAUACCAAGAGCCUUGUGUGGCUUAUUGUCACAAUGAAUUUGGUCAAAUUAACUUACAAAUACCCUGCAGUGGUUUUACUCCAGGGCAAAAGUUCCCUAUCACAUUAAGUAUCGAACAACACAACCCGAUUGUAAAUUAUUAAUUCAAUUAAAUUGUUUUACCACAUGUCACACACCACAAAGCCCCAGCAAUAAAUUUAAACAAAUUAAACAAA